AUUUCACUAAUAAUGAAUAUAUAAAUAUUAAAAGUUAUUAUUUUUUUUUUUUUAAAAAAAGGAAGAAACAAAGAGGCCCUUUGAACAAUGCCAGCGUGAUAACAUCCUCUUCCUCCUCCGAUGCAAAUGCAUUGCGCUUCAUCAUCAUCAUCAUCAUCAUCAUCAUCAUCAUCCUCCACCGUACAUUUCGUUGCACCAAUUCCAAACAGCACCGCACCAAUUCCAAACAGCACCAAUUUAUCUAACGCCUCUCGGCCCCGCCCGGGCGCCGAUGCCGGCCUUGUCGCCCGACCAGCCCGGCGGCGACUCCCGCGCCACCAAGAUCCUCUUCGGCCGGUACGAGCUCGGCCGCCUCCUCGGCUGCGGCGCCUUCGCCAAGGUCUACCACGCUCGCAACCUCUCCACCGGCCAGAGCGUCGCCAUCAAGGUCAUCUCCAAAUCCCGCGUCCUCCGAUCCGGCCUCACCCUUAAUCUCCGCCGUGAGAUCCUUGCCCUCCGCCGUCUCCGCCAUCCCCAUGUCAUCCGUCUCCACGAGGUCCUCGCCUCCCGAUCUCGCAUCUUCUUCAUCAUGGACCUCGCCCGCGGCGGCGAGCUCUUCACCUUCAUCGCCAAUUCCCACCGCCUCUCGGAACCCAUCGCCCGUCUCCUCUUUCACCAACUCAUUUCCGCCCUCUCUUUCUGCCACUCUCGUGGCGUCUUCCACCGCGAUCUCAAGCCGGAGAACCUCCUUCUCGCCGAUGACUCCACUACCAACCCUUUUCUCAAGAUAUCCGACUUCGGUCUCUCCGCUUGCCUCGCCCCCUCCACCCCCAAUCCUCUUCUCAGCACCGUCUGCGGCACCCCUGCCUACGUUGCCCCUGAGGUCCUCUCCCGCAACCCCUACUCCGGCGCCGCCGUCGAUCUCUGGUCAUGCGGCGUCAUCCUCUUUGUACUCAUCGCUGGCUACCUCCCUUUCAACGACCCCAAUCUCAUGAACCUCUACCGUAAGAUCCGCCGCGGCGAGGUCCGAUUCCCUCGCUGGGUCUCCCCUGAUCUCCGCCGCCUCAUCUCCCGUCUCCUAGAUAUCAAUCCUCAGACCCGCUUGACCCUCGACGGCGUCCUCACCGACCCUUGGUUCCGGAAAGACCUCGACGAGCAGAAGCUCAUCGCCAUGGCCCGAUUUCGCCAGGAUAUCGAGGACAGGAUAGCGAAGAUCGAGCGGGAUGAUCCCCGUGAUUUGAAUGCCUUCGAUCUCAUCGCCUCGUCGCCUAGUCUUGAUCUCUCCGGCCUCUUCGCCGGCAGCCGCGUUGAGAGGGAGAGGUUCGUUGUGCAAGAGGAGGCGGCUGCGGUGCUCGAUCGUGUGGAGGCGGUCGGCCGAGGAGAAGGCCUGGUGGUACGCCGGCGAGCUCGAGGCUCCGCCGGCCGCGCCGGCGCCGCCGUGGAGGGCCAAGAAGGGAAUUUGGUGGCUUGGGUCGAGGCUCACCGGCUGAUGCCGGGGUUGGUGGUGGUCGAGGUUGAGGUCACCUCCGGUGACGAUUGGGACUUGCCCGUGGGCCGCUGGACCGGCCGGUUCUGGCGCAAGAGUUUAACCGAACCGGCUACUGAACCGGACCGGUCUGAUCCGGAUUAAAUCCUCAUACUUUUUUUUUUUACUCUGUAUAUAUAUAUCAAAUAUCAAAUCAUAUAUAUAUAUACAAAAAUAUUU